UGUUAUAUUAAAUGUUAAUAUGAAUGAAAAACAAACACCUAAUAUAAGUAAAAGUUUUGAAGAAACACAAAGUAAGAAUAUAGUGACCACAGCUACAGCUUCUACGAGCCAACCAGAAGAAGAUGUCCAAUCCACGGCGAGGGCAACCGAUAAUGGAUCUGAAAUACAAUGUUCUUCAAAUAACAUGCAUGUAGAAUCUACUCAUAUCGAAAGAGAUCAGAUGUUUGUUAUUGUGGAUUCAAGCUGCAUAAGCAAUCCAAGUUCAAGAGAAUUAUUAAUAAAUAGUAUUCCACAUUCAAGAGAAGUUGCAAUACCAAAACAUUACAAUCGAAAUGUGCUGCCCAUUGGUAUUCCAUCAACCAGCAAAGAUAUAAUCGAGCCAUUUCAUUCUGCAUUUGUUGAUAUAGAUUCUAGGGACGAAUUACAAAUGAUUGAAAUAAAUCUACAAAGUGAAAACGAGUUACCUAUUAAAAUUGAGGAUGAAGAAGACAACGACUCAAUAGUAAUAGCCUAUUUAAAAAAUAGAGAUAGAUUUGUAGAAAGAGAUGGUUUAUUAGUUUCUACAAAGAAAAAAUCAUCACUGCUUGACGAUGUUCCAAAAAUGGAAACUAUUUUAGAGGAUGAACAAUUUGCUUCAUUCGUAAUUUCACACAACAUUUCUAGUAAUUCCCUUCAGCCUAAAAAUAAAGACAAAGUGGAAUAA